CGCUGAGCUUCAAACGCGAUACGCUUCGCCCUAGUACCCAGGUGCCGGUUUCAAGAUAUGCUUGAUAGAAAGUUCCCCGGGCGCGUAUUUAGAAAGUUAUGCAAACGGUGGUGCGUGCUUAUUAGAUUGGAUUUUACGUGACAGAUACGGCGCCAACACACUCGCGACACAACACUGGAUAAGUCAUGCGAAGGAUCUGUCGCAAAAACUGUGUUUAAAUUUGAAGAACAAAAAAGCGCAGCAAAGAUCGUUAUUUCGAUCAGGACUGUUGAUCAAAGUAGCAUAUCCCGAAAACCUGGAAAAACCAAACCCUGACAACUGCGGGGAAAAAAGACUGGCUAAUCGUGUAUUCAAAAUGCACACUUCGUUCGCGAGCAGUGCUUUAUGUUAUGUAAACCGUAGCGGCGGCCAAUAAACAAGAUAGUAUCAUAUUAAAAUACAACAAGAGAACUCUUAGUACGGAGAAGAAAAGUGGAACGUUCGGGUGACUUGGGUCGGUUGGAAUCCGAGAGCAUGACGACGAAUAAAAUCAUGCUUUGAAAUUGAGAAAGAAUGGAAUCAUCACCCAGCUACCGUAAAGCCUCUGAAAGUUAACCAAUUGUUUGCCGCGUAAAACUGCAUGAUGGACGAAAAGAAGCGCGAAACACGUUUAAGCGUUGUGCGCUGUAGCUUGCCGAGAAUUGCUUAGUAAGCAGAGAAGAGAAGAUAGUAUUGCCUUUGCGAAGGGAAGCAAUCUUCAGUCGAUAACCUUGAAACCAGCGAAGCACGAAGAGAAAAGAAAAAUCCCGCAAAUUGCAACCAUAACAGGCAGCUCAGCAAAAGAAGAAUCUUCUCUGACUGAGGGCCAACCGUUCCGAAAAAGGCUAAACACUGGAACGAUAGUUUAAGGUAUGAAGAGAAGCAAAACCAGCAGCAGACAUCCGGAUUACUUUGUCGGAGCCAACGGAAUGCCACGACUAGUGGAGAAAGUUGUCCGUCCAGCAGAAUAUCAGAGUGAAAUGGAUUCUACCAUAUCGCCGACCGAUCCCGUCAAACUAAACAAGUGUUUGUACAACAUAGCAGUUAGAAAGAACCGUGUGGCGAGCUGCCGUCUAGCAAAUCAAAAUAAUCGCAGCAAUAAAAUUGAAAGUGAUAUAGUGAUAAGAAACCAAACGGGAAAUAAAUCAAACUCAUCCACUAACAGUAGUACCGGCAGCAGUUCGACGAUUACAAAUUUAUCGCAACCUGCGCCCGUAGCUGCAAGUUCAUCCUCGUCAUCGAUAUCAGUAUUGAAUAACUGGGGAGGUCCGGUUGCGUCACCGCUGACGGCGCGAGUGCCUGAUGCGCAUAGAUGCGACGGAAGAGCACCUAUUACCAAUGCCCUGUCCAUUCCUAGGAGUAGAAAUUAUGACUAUAUUCGUAGAUCCCCCAGACAAGCCAUCGGUAGCAAUCGGGUUAAUUGUGUCACUAAUGAUGGAUCGCCAAUGCUACUCAGCAGCAGACAGCGUUGGAAUGUCACCACAACAGCUGAUUCGAAUUGUAUUGCUGAUUCAGCUAGUAGCGUGAUGAGACAAUGCAGAUUUUCGAUAGCAGUUCAAACAACACCCCCAACAACGGACAACCGGCUCAAUUAUCAGAGAAAGUAUGACCGCACAAUCUUCGGUUACAACCGAUUGGAUCAGUUCGUGCUUCCACCGUUGCAAAUUUGAUCGUUUAGGCGAUUUAAUAAAAGACUUGAAAAAACAA